GAUAGCGCUUGGUGAAAGUGCGGAUGAGAACAGACGGGAGGUUGUUGUCGAGAAAUGCUUGUGGCGUGGUGGGGUUUAUCCGGCCCUUGUUUGGCGGUUUGCGACGGUUGUGGUGGUCACUGGUGAUGCAAUGAGUGCCGCUACGCUUGCGCCUUGAAAUCCGAUAACAAUAGAAUGGAGGGAGAUUUUCGCAAUAACAAUCCCCCAAGGGCACUGAUGUAUUUAAAAGGGUUUGCAAUCAAAAGCAAGGUCAUCAAGCAUCACUAAGCCUAUGGUGUCUUGCAAAGCAUCUCCGGAGCCAACUGAAUCCCACGAUCUCCGCCUGGAGCAAAGGUUUACUAACGCCGAGGGGUGCGGACGACCCCACCAUUCCUUUGCGACACAAUCGCGGGACGGCAUCAGCCAACCUCUGCGUUGCGUCUUGAGUAUCCCUGAGCUGGAAAAAAGACAUCCAAACCACUGGCCAGUGGUCAAGUUUGGCGUACACGCCUUACUACACCGGCAGUUCCUGGAAAAGGCUGUCCUGAAGACGGCUCCCCCCUCCUCGCUCAAGCUCCUCCGAAGUCCGGACGCCGCUGGAAUAAAUAUUAUUUCAUCCGUGAGUAAAGUGGACAAGCGUUGGCAUGUCUUGGGGCUUCAGGCGGACAUUCAUCUUCGUUUCAGAAGCGCCGGCUCCUCUCCCCUUGGGUUGCAUCGUGACAACAGAACGCUGUUAAGGCCCUGGCAGCGCGCGGCGAGGCUGCAAACUUUUAAGCAGCUUUGCCGGUGCUUAAGGCCAUCUGCUGAAGGAUACUCGCUUACCGCUGCCAUGGCAUCCCGCUCAACAGCGCGUUUCCGAGGGUCGGAGAUGCAUUCCAAUUCCCCCGCUGGUCGUGUCGCGACGACGUGACACGAAGAAAUUGACCUCACCGACCUCGUGUGCUAGCCGAUAGAAGCCACUGCGGCACUUGUCUUAGGCCGAGCAACAGAAA